AUGAGCAGCAGCGACAACAUCAACACCACUCGCCUGCAUGUCCUUGCCGCGGUCGCCAGCCAGGAGGAGCAUCUCCCUGCCCACGAGCGCCUCCACUACGAUUGCCUGCUCAUCCUGGCCGAGGCCGCAAACCGGGCGCUCGCCGGGCUUAUUAGUUCAGAAGAGGGAAGCGAGAAAGAAGAAGAAGAAGAAAUCGACGGGGGUACCUGGGAAGAGAACCCCCCGGGCGCCCGCACCACUGAAUCCGACUAUGACGGCGGCGGCAGCACGAGCGAGGCUGAAGACACGAUUAUCGCCUGGGCCAAGACGUCCACCUCCGUCUCCCGCCGGGACCGCCGCCGCUCUCCACCGAACCUGCGCCGAGAAAACAAGAACAUGGCCACGCGACGCCGCCGCCGGCGGCUGGAGCAGCAGCGACGGGGCCGACAAGCCCGCGGAGGCGGCGACGACUGCCCGCGGCGGGACGACGACGGCCACCGGGUAGCUGACGGCGCAUCCCGGGCCUUGUGCCAGGUCGUCCGGCGGGACGGGUUAGGCGGCGCCUCCCUGCGGUAUCAACGGCAAGCGGCAAUCGCCUUUUCUGCCGUAGGAGACCGUACCGGUCUGAUCUUGACCAUGACCGACGCGGGACACGUCCGAAUAGAGUUUACCCAUGCACGUACCGAGGACAAGUAG